CGUCAGAACAAGAGUUCAAUAUACCGACCACUUCUGUAAUCGGUAAGAUCUGAAUGACGCUGAAAUCGUGUAAAUCUCGCUGUCACUCAUGCCUCAGGGAAGCGUGACCUUGAUUUGUGAGCAUGAAGUUUGUGUUUGUUAAUGAGGUAGAGAUGAAGAGCUCCACAGGACCCUCCUCACCCUCACUCCAGUGAUGCCGCCGCUCAGUCCAGUACAUCGCUUACUGCUCACUUCAAGCAACGCACACCGAGCCCGCUUUCUUCCUUUGUAAACAAACCUGUCAUCUGGAAGCCUUAUUUUCCGCCAAAUAUCUCUUGUUUUCAGCACAUUUGGAUUCAUGAUGCCUGGACUGAAGUUGUACGGUGCGCUGAUUUUGUGUGUCCUGGUGCUGCCGUUCUCCCGUCCGAGCAGUCAGGUGCUGGACUGUCGCGAAGUGCGCUCGUCCUUUCAGUUUUUGUACCCGGGGAUGAAAUGGACCCCAGAAACCCCAGUUUCAGGCUCAGAUCUGCAGGUGUGCCAGCCAAAAGGCCUGACUUGCUGUUCUCGCAAAAUGGAGGAGCGUUACCUGCUUAUUGCCAAACAGAAUAUGGAGUCUAGCCUUCAGGCCACCAGCGCUCAGCUCAAAGGGCUCAUCAUCCAGAAUGCUGCCCUCUUUCAAGAGGCUUUUGACAUGGUGCUUCGUCUGGGCCGUAAUUCCACUCUGAUGGUGUUACGCGAGGAGUUUCCUGGUUUGGGGGCUGGAGCCAGCGGAGCCGUCACGCAGUUAUUCCUGGAUAUGUCACUUUACAUUCUGGGCUCUGAUGCCAAUGUAAACGACAUGGUCUCCACCUUCUUCUCUCGCCUUUUCCCUCUCACCUACCGUCGACUUCUGGGCAAUGGGGCCGUGGCGGGCAUCUCUGAAGAAUGCCUCCGCGGGGCCUGGAAAGGGAGCUCUGCUUAUGGGUCAUUUCCCAAGAUGAUGAUGACCCGACUGUCCCGCUCACUCCUGGCCACUCGGGUCUUCCUGCAAGCGCUGAAUUUGGGCAUAGAAGUGGUCAACACCACUCAGCAUUUGCGGGCAGGUAGAGAUUGUGGGCGCUCACUUCUGAAACUGUGGUACUGCCCGCACUGUCAAAGCCUGCUGGAGGCCCGGCCGUGCCGUCCACUGUGUGUCAGCACCAUGGGAGCAUGUUUGGGGGGAACCACGGAGGUACAGCCUCAUUGGAGAGCAUAUGUGGAUGAACUGGGGUCACUCGCCGCUGCCAUGAAGGGGGAACAGGACAUCGAGGCUGUGGUGCUCCGACUGCAUGUCAUUAUCAGACAGGCUCUCAAACAAGCCGUGGCAAGCAAGAGCAAAGUCAGCGCCCAGGUGAGCGGAAUGUGCGUGCAUGCCCCCCCGCGGGUAUCCCGGGCCGUGCCGGUGUCUGCUGAACACACAUCUGCCUCGACCGUGAACCACAAUCGGCCUCCGAUGAACUUUGACCCUGAUGAGACGCUGUUUGGACGCCGCAGGGAGUUUAUCUCGGGUCUAAGGGGCUUCAGUCAGUUCUACAGUGGUCUCGGAGAAGCUUUGUGCAGCAAAGAGCCGACAUCGCUGAACAGCUCCCUCUGCUGGAACGGACAGGAGAUGACAGACAAGUUUCCUGGUCCAGGUCUGAAGAGAGUUCAUCCACAUGGCUCUGAAUCCAAACAAAAAACACCAGAACCCGUCAUCAGUCAGAUCAUCGACAAACUCAAGCACAUCAAUCAGCUUUUGCGGAUGGUGACAUUGCCUGAGAAGAGAUGGAGGGCUCGACAAGGGGGUGGCGGUGCGAGAAGAAACCCAUCCGGACCAGGUCAGACAGAUGAGGAUGAGGAGGGUCUAGAAAGUGGGGACUGUGAUGAUGAAGAUGAGUGUACUGGUGUUUCAGGACUCGGGCCGCCCCCGAGACGCAAACGACUGCGCAUCUUUGCAGAUUUGGCGGACAACUUGGCAAUUGACGACUUGACCCUCCACGAGUUGCUCCUGACCCCCAGACUGGCCACAGACGCACACGGUGGAUCAUCAAUACCUGGAGCAGCACAUGUUCCUACUGCAGCCUUCAUCUUCACCAUCACCAUCAUCAUCUUCAUAACACUGGGUCUUCAGUGAUUAAUUCUUCUUCAAAUCCAGAAACGCUACUGAUGCCCAUAUGUACAUAAAGCACCACGACUUUUUGGCCAAGGAUAAGAAUGUUUCCUCUUCUCAGCCUCAAGUCUUACUAUAUGAACCUCUUAUUUUCUAUAUUUUUGUGAGGAUCAUCGAAACGCUUAAACUGAAAACUCAUUCUCCAACCGCAUGACCAGCAUUAUUUCUACAUACAGAAAUCAUGUUGUUUCCCUCUGUGCUCGGAUGCCACACAACAGCCAUGUGUUUUACAUUGAGCAUCGCCUCCCCUCCGCUAUACACAUGCAGUUUUACACAAAGGCCAAAGCCUUCUGGAGGAAAAGGAGCUAAAUCGCUUUUUAAAAAGACAAAGAGGCUCAGCUUUUGUGAGUGAAUGGGCACACUUAAGGAGAAGGAAGCGUGACUGACAGAGACUGAGAAGAUGUUGAAGCUCGAGCGUCUCUCAUGCAUACACUGGAUUGAGCUUCUCCUCGACCACUCAUUUCCUGAGCAGUAAAUGACCCUUGGAGUGGAGGACAUCAAGGCUUCGGCAUGUCGUUGUGAAACACUCGACCCAGCUGCAGUUCAUUUACAGGAAAAGCGCUUUUAAACGGUUUUAUUAGAAUGCUGACUUUCCCUUUUCAGAAAUUGCGGUAUUUUAUAAUCGCUCUUUGAUUCCGUCACUCAUUAUCUCUCUUGCUUUUUCUGUCAUUCCCUCGUUUCUUGUAUUAUAAUCAUGUGAUUAAAGUGUCCUCUUAAUUCGA